AUUAUGACUUUAUGAGGCUUGACCCAUUUGAAUUUGAUUGCACUUUGUAAGUAGUGUGUUGUGGAACAAACGGGUCCACACGUAAUAUACGAAAGCUAAGGGUAUUAAAGUAGUUACAUACAUAGCUAAUUACAAGAUUUAAAUACCAAACCCCAUUUCAAUCUCCUCCAAACACCAAAAAAAGCGGAGAAAACAAACUUAAAAAAAUGGCUGAAGAGGAGUUGUUGAAACUGUUCGAGCGAAACUGGUCGGAGAGAUCAAUCAUCAAGAAAGACAAAGAGAAUCUGAAUGGAAAAAGUCGAGAGAAGCGUAGAGAAACAGAGACUACAGAGGAAAAAGAAGAAGAAGUGUUGAAGAAUUUUCCGGUGAGCUUUCUUGUAGAAAGGGCUAUGAGUGAUGAGACGAUGAUGACGACGAGUUCCAAGACAAGUUUGUUUAGUUCUUCAUCAGAUGAUUUGUUCUUGUCUCCUAGAUCGGUCUUACCCGUUAAACCAACCCCGAUGAAGCUUCAGACGAUUCUCUCCGGAAAAGAAGUCAACGCGUUCACGAUUGCGGAAAGAGAGAGAGUACUUUCAGAGAAGGAAGAGCAGAGGAAGAAGAAGAAGAAGAGGAAUGUGAGAACAAGAAAGGGAAAGAGUAUGUCGGAUUUGGAGUACGAGGAACUUAAAGGGUUUAUGGAUCUAGGUUUUGUCUUUUCCGAGGAAGACCAUAAAGACUCCAAUCUGGUUUCGAUUCUUCCUGGAUUGCAGAGAUUGGUGAAGAAAGAUGAUGGAGUUGUGCAAGUAACAAAAGAAGAAGAAGACAAGAGCAGUGGAAACAGAGUAGCGAGACCGUAUUUGUCUGAAGCGUGGGAUCAUUGUGGAGGAAGAAAAGGGAAGAUCACGACAGAGAUAAAGUGGAGAGUUCCGGCGCCGGUAGCUAACGAAGUUGACUUAAAAGAUAAUCUAAGGCAUUGGGCUCAUGCUGUGGCCUCGACUAUUCGAAGAUAACACAGCUUGGAUUCUAAACAUGCGAACUUUUUCUGUAUCAAUAGUUUUUGAUCACUCUGGUUUCAAAUUAUGUGAAUAAAGGAAAAGUCUGUUCACAAAAAUUCGAUUUUUGUUUGGUGAGAGAGAUCUCUGAUACGACCAUUGACCAAGAACAAAAGUGUCCUUGUUGGAGAAGAGAAUCUAUGAUGAGGUUUUUAAGUGGUGGGCCAAUCAUGUCCAAUAAUACUCAACACUUGUAAUAUGGUUUAUUGCCACGUCACUAUCACAUAAUCCCAUACAAUUGUUGUAA